UUUGAAGCAUCGAUACAUCUUUGCAAUAUCAACAACCCUAUCUAGUUGCAUUAUUCUUGGAGCAGAAAGCAGAAAAUUUUUGUGAAAACACCACGGAGCGAAAAAUGUAAAGUUCGCAAAUGUAAAAAGUAACAAAAAACGUAGAAACAAACUAUGAACUUGCAAAUUGUGUUCAGAUUGAUAUUGAAAAGUGCAUGUGCGCGUUUAUUGUAGAAAUACUACAUGCAAGUAAUCAGCAGCCACAGCAUUCUGUGGCAGCGACUCGUCGUCCAGUAGCAGCGAGUAAAUUGUGGAGUCUCUCUGGCCACAUUGGUGGACUAGCGCCCGCAAAUGUAUGCGACAAACUAGUAGUGGGCAGCAGCAGCAGUCGUUGUCGUCUUUGUGAAGCAUCAAUCGCGAAAAAGCAAAGGAAACAAAUAAACGCCAAAACAACAGAGUGAAAAAAAAAAACGUGCGUAAAAGUUAAUUAGCUGCCGCCAACCAACGAGCAAACGCAGAAGCGAGUGGAGGAGCAACAGCAGCAGCUGCUGCUCUAUACAAAUCGACAAUCGACAUUAUUGUUGUUGUUAUUAUUAUUGUUGUUGUUGUGGUUUUUGCACCCACCACACGUAACUAGAGCAGCAGCCACUAUACACAUACAUACACACAGAUACACUAAAACACACAUACACAUAUACACAGACACAAGUUCACACACAUACACACACACACACCCCUACGUAUAAACACUCCAGGCUAGACUUCGUAGUAGAUGCGUGCGUGCCACAACAAAAUUGGAAAUGAUUUGUCCAAAAGACGUCCUGCAGUGGUUUAAGACUCUGGAGAGCUAUAAUCGCAUUGAUACCAUGUGUUCAUUGUUCGAGGCCUGUUUGCCGUUCGAGUUGCGGUUUCUGGGCACAUUUUUGGAGGAGCUGGGUCGCAGGGAUUCACCGGAAUUGCGUGGCAUGGAGCUGCGCGCCAAUAAUCCACAGGAUCUGGCCGCCGAUAUGCACAACUGCCAAAAGGGCGAGCCAACAGACAAAAAGAUCCGCCGCAAGAUGGCGCUAUAUUUAGCGCUAAUACGUGCCUGUAAUCGCAAUUGUGUGACAGAAAUAUUUCGGACCCUCGAAUGUUGGGGCGAUCGCGAUUUUGCCAGCAUUAACGAUCAGGAUACGAUCCUGGAGCUAUUGCUCGUCUACACAAUGGCUGCCAAGCAUCCAGUCUUCUCUUACCACCAGAACACCAAAUGCGGCGAAAUUCUGGCCAAGAUUAAGGAAAUCAGACGUAUGGCGGACGAAACGUCACAAAUUAUGAGCCAACAGCAGCAGCAGCAGCAGUCGUCACAGCAGCAACAGCAACAGCAACAGCCGUCGCAUACACAACACUUGCUGCAUCAGCAGCAACAGACGCAGCCACAACCGCCACCGCCUUUCCAUCAUCCAGUGGUGCCAAUGAUGCAGCCACAGCAACCAACGCCUCUGCUGUAUCCACAGCCUUGGACCAAGCAGAUCAUACCUGGCACAGAAGUGGACAGCAUACAACAUUUGAUGCAAUCCAACAUCACCAUUCCAACGGACUCGAAUGCCAUUGCUGCGGCAGCAGCGGCGGCGGCGGCAGGCGGCUGGUCCAUGCGCAACUCAGUGCCAUGUACAGUGUACGCCGUGCCGCCUCCACAGCCACAGAGCCUGGAUCAUCAGGUGCCGCCGCAAGCCAGCUCGCCCAUGCUAAGCAGCCAGCAGUCAUCGCCGUCGACCAGUCGCACCACCAGCCCACAGCGCGAGCGUGGCAGCAGUGCCCCACUGCUGCAGCAGCAGCAACAGCAACAGCCACAACAACAAAUGCGCAGCUUGCCGCUGCGCUUGCCGAACAGCGUCAAACAUUCGCGUCGACCCUCUGUGGAGACAACGCCACCGCCAACGUCCACAUCCGUUGGCAGCGGCGAUGCUAAGCAUUUUGAUGAGGGAAUCAGCGAAGGCGGCGGCAACUUGUCUAGUAUUAUACGCAACGCAAGCUAUCCGCGUGUCUCGCAUCAGCGUAUGAAUGCGAAUACAUAUAUACCACCUCACCAGCAGCAGCAACAGCAACAACAACAGCAGCAGCAGCAGCAACAGUCGCCGGUAAGUCAAGAUUCACAGCAGCAGCAGGCGCAGCAGCACUAUCAGAUGAACAGCUUCAUCAAGGCGAACACACUGGUCCACACAAUGCAUAACAUGCAUAUAAACGAAGAUGGCAGCGGCUCGACGAGAAUGGGUUCAAGUAAAAGUGCGGCAACUACGAGCAGCGAAUCGGGUUGCUCGAAUGGCUCUUGCGGCGAGACAACGCCACCGGAAACGCCCACGCCCACGCUGCCCAACCAUUCAGUGGGCAUUGGUUAUCAGCAGCAGCAGCAGCAGCAAAAGCCGCAUCAUAUUAGCAAUAAGCAGUCUAGCCUACAGCAUCGCCUCAACGGGCGCAAUGGUGUGGAGAAGAGCUAUCAGCAAAUCUAUACGCCGAGCAAUCCCAGCGAGCAACAGCAGCAGCAGCCGCUGCUCAUGAGUCCCUCUGCUGUUAGUACGCCACCAACACCUGUGCUGUUGCAGACGCAGCAACAGUCACAACAGCAGCAGCAGCAACAACAGCAGCCGCAGCAGCAACAGCAGCAACCACAACCACCGCCAUCAGCGACAGCGUAUAAUGCACCAACAUAUCCAUAUCAUGCGGCAAGCGGACGUGGACCACAGCCGGCUUUGAUAAAACCGCAUCAUCCGCAGCCGCCGCCACUGGCGCUGCACAAUUCCAUACGCCUUCAUUACCAGCCUAACGGGGACAUCAUCUUUCCGGGCUAUCAUCCCGGCUUGACGUAUCCAGUGCCCGUUACAGCACCGCCAGCUGGUGCGCCCACAGCUGUGACGGCGGCCCAAUUGGUCCGCAAUACGGCGCCCGUUGCCAGCACCAAUGCAGUCACAGUGCAAACGCAAACGCCCGCCACACAGCCGCAGCCGCAGCAAUUGCUAGCGACGCCAGUUGCGCCCACGCCGUAUACGACGUUAGGCGUUUGCCCCAUAACUGGGGCGAGCAGCGCAGUGACACCGAAGAUCAUCUCCUGCUACAACUGUGGCUCCCAGACGCACAUCGGGCGCGACUGCCAGGAGGCGUCCAUGGAGGAUGUGACGCGCAGUGCCACCUACAAGCUGGACUUCAGUACGACAAAUAACUCGAGCAGCAGCAUCGAUGGCGGCAACCUCAGCGAUCACAAGGAUGUCGGCAGCAUGCUGAAGAAUGUGCCAGCGACGACGCCAACGGCGACAGCGGGAGCAGCAUUGACCAGCAUGGGCAAAUAAGCCAUGUAUAAUACACACACACACACACACACACACAGAUAAAUUUUACAUAUAUAUUUGUAUAUAUAUAUGUAUAAAUAAUUAAUACAUCUAAUUAAUUAAUAUACUUAUUGUAAUUCUUAACUACUUACACAAUUGAACAUUUAUAACGUUUGUAAAAGUGCGGAAAUCAAAUUUCACGCCUUUAGCCACGUCUCUUAGUUGUUUAAGUCAUUUUUGCAAAUUUCGUUAGCCAGAACAAGUCGCCUAAAAUUAAACAACAACAAAAAAAGAAACAUUAAACAAAACAGAAACGAAAAGCAAAAAAAAAAAAAAAAUAACAGUAAUAUUAUAAACAAUUAACAACCUUGCACACCACAGGGAAAUUAUGCAGAUAGUAAUUGUAGUUAUAUAUACAUACAUAUAUAUUCUAUAUAUAUAAAUAUAAAUGAUACUAUAUCUAUUGUAUAAUUGCGCGUACUAUACGAAUAUUUCUACCAAUUAAGUUAUACGCAAAACAAAUAGG